AUGACCAAGCGUACCAAAAAGGUUGGCGUCACCGGAAAGUACGGUACCCGUUACGGUGCCUCGCUCCGUAAGACCGUCAAGAAGAUGGAAAUCACCCAGCACGCCCGCUACGCCUGCCCCUCGUGCGGCAAGCGUACCGCCGUCGGUAUCUGGAAGUGCAAGGGCUGUGCCAAGCAGUACGCCGGUGGUGCUUACACCCUCGGCACCCCCGCCGCCGCCACCGUCCGCUCCACCAUCCGUCGCCUCCGUGAGGUUGUUGACGCUUAA